CUAAAAGACUUUCAAGAGGCAUAUCCAAAGCAACCGAAAAUGUUGGUCUAGUGGCAAGAGCAAGAAGUGAAUUUACCAGGAGCCCACUCAGCAGUUCAACACAUGCUCAGGUUGCUCUCUUGGACACCCCUGUUUACACUUUUACCUUACCUGACAUUUCUAUACAUCCUCCUGAUUUCAGGGAGUUCCUUGAACGAGACUUGGUUGAAACAUCAACACUUGUGUCUCUUGAACAUGCUGGUCGACUCAACUGGUGGUCUGAUAUUGGAGUUUGUCAGCGAUUGUGGCCUUUAGCAACAAGUGGUGAUGGAAAUUGCUUACUUCACGCUGCCUCGUUAGGAAUGUGGGGAUUUCAUGACAGACUUCUAACUUUGAGAAAGGCACUGCAUUCUCUCCUAACCCACAGUAGUUUCACUCAAGCAUUCUACCGUAGGUGGCGCUGGCAGACUGCACUACAGAAUAAACAGCAGUGCUUUUACUCGGUGAUUUUUAUGUUACUUUUUAUAUACAGUACCUUGGAUUCCUUACCCGAGGAGGUCUCUAACAUUUAUGAAAGUUUGGAAGAGAUCCACGUUCUUGCCUUAGCUCAUAUCCUUCGUCGCACUGUGAUCAUUAUUGCUGAUACGACUCUUAAAGAUGUCACUGGGGAACCACUUGCUCCGAUCCCAUUUGGAGGUAUCUACUUACCUCUAGAAUGUCCACCUGCAGAAUGUCACAGAUCACCACUAUGUCUUACAUACGAUGCUGCUCAUUUUUCAGCAUUGGUCGCAAUGGAAAAAGAAAGCUACGCAGACAAGCCUUUAAACCCUCCAG